CAUUUCUCAAAACUCGAUGGAUUGGCUACUUCAGUAACGAGGGUGUGAUGUCAAUGGGAAGCGCCGAACUCUAGUUGCCAAAGUUUUAAUGACAAGCUAUGGAUAAAAAAAGUGAGUUUCUGUCGUAUUAGCCGCCUAGAUAACAGUACAUACAAAGAAAUAGAAAGAAUUCGGCUAAAAACAAGGACAACAAAGCUGAACAAGAUGGAUGACAUCAACGUACUACACCACAGAUGCCUCCUGAAUCUGAGGCGUCGAAUCCGAGAUAUUGGGGAUGGGCGCCCCGCACAGGAACGGUACAUGAGGUUACAGAAGGAUGGAGACACACUCAGUUACCAAGGGAACUCCGAAGAGGUGGGUUGCUAUGUGGCAGGCCACCCUUUAUCGAAGGGAAAUUGCUACUUUGAGGUGACAAUAGUGGACACAGGGGUGAGGGGGACCAUUGCUGUGGGCCUGGUGCCUAAAUUCUACAGGCUGGACCACCAGCCUGGCUGGCUGCCAUAUUCUGUAGCUUACCACGCUGACAACGGCAAGUUAUACAAUGGCAACCCCGUGGGACAGCAGUUUGGGCCAAAGUGUGCGCGUAAUGACCGCAUUGGCUGUGGAAUACACUCAGAAAAUAUUGAAGCAGGUCUUACAACAGUCUUUUUUACCAAAAAUGGCAAGGAGGUUGGUUCAGUGGAGGUUCCCGCGUCGGCAGAAGGGCUGUUCCCCGCCGUAGGGAUGCACUCCAUGGGGGAAGAGGUGAAGGUUGACCUGCAGGCUGAGUGGUUCCUAGAGGAGGAUGACAGUAUGAUGAUGGUGGACAGCCAUGAAGAUGACUGGGGGCGGCUUUACGACGUCAGGGUUAGCGGCACGCUCUUGGAGUAUGUUGGCAAAGGAAAGAGCAUCAUGGACGUGGGUUUGGCCCAGGCCCGCCAGCCACUAACCACCCGCUGCCACUACUAUGAAGUAGAGAUCGUUGAUGCUGGAGAGAAGUGCUACAUUGCUCUGGGCCUGGCAAGGAGGGACUACCCCAGGAACAGACACCCAGGAUGGAGCCGAGGUUCGGUGGCGUACCAUGCUGAUGAUGGCAAGAUCUUUCACGGCAGCGGGGUUGGAGACGCUUUCGGUCCUCGCUGCUUCAAAGGUGACAUCAUGGGCUGCGGCAUCAUGUUCCCACGGGACUACAUCCUGGACGGAGAAGGCGACGCGAACGACUGGGAUCGGCUUGAGGUCCGUCCAGGCCACGCCGGCGUCCAGAACAUCCUGUACCUCAACGACGAAGAGGAGGAAGAGGAAGAUGGGGAAGAGGUAGAGCAAGGACAGGAAGGCAGGAAGGUCACGGUGUUCUUCACCAGGAACGGGAAGCUGAUGGGCCGGAGGGAGAUGGGGGUUCCUCCCGGGGGCCUCUACCCCACCGUGGGGAUGCUGAGCAGCGGAGAGAAGGUCAAAGUGGAUCUGCAUCCGCUCAGUGGAUGAGCAGAGCGCCGGG